AUGGCGACGGGUCCAGCAACUCAAUCAUUGAAGUGCGUGGUGACUGGUGACGGAGCAGUUGGCAAAACAUGUCUUCUCAUCUCGUACACAACGAAUGCCUUCCCGGGAGAGUACAUCCCUACUGUCUUCGACAACUACACGGCUAGUGUGAUGGUGGACGGCAGGCCAAUCAGCCUGGGAUUGUGGGAUACUGCCGGACAAGAAGACUACGAUCGCCUCAGACCGCUAUCCUACCCGCAAACCGACGUCUUCCUCAUUUGUUUCUCCAUCGUCAGCCCUCCAUCAUUCGAUAACGUCAAAGCCAAGUGGUUCCCCGAGAUCGAACACCACGCCCCCAAUGUCCCCAUCAUCCUCGUCGGCACCAAGCUCGACCUGAGAGACGAUCCCAACACCGUCCAGGCCCUCCGCGCACGCAAGAUGGAGACCGUCUCGUACGAACAAGCCCUGGCCGUCGCCAAGGAGAUUCGCGCACAUAAGUACCUCGAGUGUUCGGCGCUGACACAGCGCAACCUGAAGAGCGUGUUCGACGAAGCCAUCCGGGCCGUUCUCAACCCCCGUCCCGCUACGAAAUCCGGGAGGAAGGGAGUCAACAAAUGCAUGAUCUUGUAA